GUUGUCAUAGCUUCUUUUGUAGUAUUUGUGUUGAUCCAGCUCUGGUGGCAUAUUAGAGAGAGUGAAAGAGAGAUGGCAGAUGCCAUUGUUGGGCCGCUGCUUAGCAAGCUGCAGGCGGUAGCGGUGACGGAAACGAAGGCCCUAGCCGCGGUGGGCAAUGAGAUUGACCGCCUCCGUGACAAGCUCAUGUGGCUGCAUGCGCUAGUUCAUGAGACUGACCUACGCAGCCGGUCUGACGGCAACCAGCAAAUCCGCGUGCUCGCGUGCCAGGUGCGCGAGGUUGCCUUCGCAGCUGAGGACGCCAUCGACCAUUUCUUCCUGGAGGCCGACCUCUCCCGCUUCAGCCUCAAUUGGUGGCGUGCGACCGCCAUUUUCUUUUCUAACUUCGGCACUCAGAUCAGCGUCCGGUACACCCUCUCCCGGAAGAUCAAGUCCAUGAAUGUCCGGCUAGAGGAUAUUGUCGACAACAGUGCCAAAUAUCGUAGCGACAAUGGAAGUACAAACGUGAUCACAUGGAGGGCGUCGCGUGCCAUCCCUCUGGUCCGCCAAAACUGGGACGUCACAGACUUUGAGGAGAACCAAAAGGCUGUGCCAAUACGCAAGGACGAAGAAAAGGAAUUGCAUGACCUCCUCCUUGUCAAAAAUGAAAGCCGUGUGAUUUAUGUGGUUGGAGAGAGUGGUAUCGGGAAAAGGUAUCUGGCAGAGAAAGCAUACGAAAAUGAAACCAUUAAGAAGAAUUUUGAGGUAUGUAUGUGGGUGAGCUUUCCACAAGACACCAGUAACAUCACUGAUCAAGUAGAAAGAAAGCUGGAAGAUGAGUGCUCCAAGCUACAACCUAGCGGGAAGAAUAUAGACCAAGUGAAGUACUUGGUUGUGGUAGAUUGCCAAAUGAGCAGCACCAUACUCGAGGCACAGAAUUGGCUCAAGGCCGGCAGAGAAGGUAGCAAGAUUGUGCUGACAGCGACGUCCAGUCCCUGUGCUGAUGACAUCGUUGAGCUUCGUUGUCUACCCAAAGAUACGAGCGAGAAGUUGUUCAACAGGAUCCUUGGCGUCCGGGGGCGCCGGAUGAGUAAUUACAAGACAGAAAUGAUGGAUACGAUCCGUAAAGACAUUGAAAAGAUAACCAAGGGACUACCACUCGCGGUGGUUCUUCUUGCCAAGCUCAUGAGGACAAUGGACUACAGCAAGUGGGAGGCAGCAUCGAAGUACCUAAAGGAGAACAACCAAGACGACCUGCUCAUGACCAUAGUGUCCAUGAGCAUCGAUGACCUCCCCAACGAACACAGGUCGUGCUUGCUCUACACGGCAGGCUUCCCGGAGCGCAGCACAAUCGAUGCUGGCCAACUAGUGCGCCUUUGGGCGGCGGAGGGCUUCCUAAUUCAGCAGCCUGGGGUGGAACAAGAAGAGCUGGGCCAGCGUUACCUCAAGGAGUUUAUCUUCCGAGGCCUUAUGCAGCUGGUGAAGAAGAAAGCAGACGUCGUGGAAUCAGUAGCUAUUCAUGACCAGGUCUAUGAGAUUCUCAGGUCCGAGGCGCAGCGCAUUGGCCUAAUGGAAACCCACUAUGGUGGUGGCUAUGCCCAUGCCACAGUCAACGCGAAGCGCCUAGCUCUCAACAACAACAAAAUGCCGUACAAAACAAAGGUGCUUUGGAAGGUGAGAACCGUGCUGUCCCAUGAUGCACAAGGUAUGAUGGGAGGUGCCAAGCUGCCAAGGGGAGCUCAUGAUGCCAAGCUCAUCAAAGGGUCACAAGAAGUCAAGGAAGGCUCCAACCAGCUGCUCAAGGAAUCCACCUCCAAUGAUGCACAAGCAGGACCACAGGAGUUCAAGGAAGGCUUGAGGCAGUUGCUCAAGCAAUCCAUAUUCCUUCGCGUCAUCAGCCUAGAGGGCAUCAACAUUGGUGAGAAGCUGCCAAGUCGAAUCGGGGACAUGCUGCACCUACAGUACCUCAGUGUCCGGUGCCCGAGCUUGACAACGGUGCCAGACACCAUCGGCAAACUGAAGAAGCUCCAGACAAUGGAUGUGAGAGGGACGCGGGUGAAAUUUUUGCCCAUGUCUUUCUGGAAAAUCAAAACAUUGCGCCAUGUUCUAGGCAACCGCGAUCUCCGGUUCCAUGAGUAUAGCCAAGCAUCUGAAGAUGUUGUCGACGAUGGGUCAAGCGUGCAUCUGACAAUUAAAGAGCAUGUUGAUAACAUGCACAUCUCCCGUAGGAACUUGUGGGUGCUUGUUACUAGUACGUGUCGUCAAUUAUGACCAUCCUUUAUUUCUUCCACUAUAUACCAUCGUCUUCACUCAGUCACCACUCCACUAAUGUAAAUAGCCUAAAUAAAGACUCGAUCUUACAUUACGAGUCAGAGUGUGAGUCUUUCAGUGUGUAAGAGUAAUGUAUAAUUAAGUGUGUGUGUGUGUGUGUGUGUGUGUGUGUGUGUGUGUGUGUGUAUUAAAUCCGGGGUGUAUUGUAUAACUCUGAAUUGAAAUCAUAUUUUCAGUUCAUGAAAAUCUAUGUUAUGCACAAUUUUUCACAAAUUAA